AUGGCGGCCGAUCCUGCGGCACAGCGUCAGUUCUUGAAAGAUAAUGUCGAUGCCGACUUUAUCUUCCUUCUGGAAGAGCAUGGUGUUGACUUAGCAUUGCAGUACGCCAUUGGUCAGCACUACAAAAGCAUCAGGACGUUUGCUGCUUUUGCCGAUGAUAGGGGGACGGCUCGGACGGCCAUCACUUCGGACUUCGGCGUUCGAGCUGAGAGUGCUGCGGAUCGGGCUCGGAUGGCAUGUGUCAUCACUUCUUGGGAAGCUGCAAAAUUGAUUCGCGAGGAGGAAGCCAAGCUUCGUGCUGAGGCUAAGGUGUUGGGGGUCCAGAAGCCCCUCGUCUCGUCCGAUCGAGCGGCUAUGCGUGCUGCCUUGGAGACGGUAAGGGGCUACUCUGUUCCAGAAUCUGAGGAGCCUGCACCUGAGUACCUCGCACACAAGCUUGAGCAGAUUGAGAAUGGCGAGCUUACCGCUAGUUAUCUUGAUGAGGUGAUUUCGCGUAAGGAGUCCAAUUCUUUGCAGCUUCAAACUUCCCUGGACAAUCAGGGCCGUCUUCGGGUUAUGCGCCAGAAGCCCAAGGGAAAACUCCCGCAGAACACGGAGGAACUCCGGGCGAAGAUCAGGCUCGAGGCUUCAACUUGGGUGAUGUUGGCCGCGAAAUGCCGUGGUCGUGCUUAUUUGCAGGGAUUGCAGUUGUCACAUUUUGACCGUUUCUUAGAAUAUCUUCUGGGAGACAAGUGCUACAGCAUGCAAGUCGCAUCGGCGGCUCCCAUGAGUUCUUCGGCACAUGCUGAUCGUCACACUUUGUCUGUGCCCUGGAAUAUCUUGCUUCAGUAUGAGUUUGAGCUUCGCAAAUGGGCUAUCAAGGAGGCGCAUCGUUCGAGUGCUCCGCUGGGGGACAAGCUGCAUGAGGCGACCACCAACACCGAGCUCAAGGAGCUCCAUUUUACGUCGCAGGUGGCAUUGUCUCGACGCUCGAGCGGCGCCGACCCUCCCCCGCCAAAGUGGCCUCGCAAAGGUGACGGCAAGAAGGGGGACAAGGGCGGCAAGGACAAAGGUGGCAAGGAUGGAAAGGGCAAGGCCGAUGGCAAGAUCAAAAUCGGCGAGUCAUGGUUCGAUCUGGUGUCAAAGACGCCGGAUGGGCGUGAGUUGUGCUACGCCUACAACAUAAAGCGUGGGUGUCAGGUCAAGGGCUGUCAGCGAGUUCACGCGUGCAGAGCGGAUGUUCGCGCCUGGCUGGAGGUCUUAUGCACGUCACAGAACAUCCUUUUGGAGAUGUCCGAAGUCGACAUCUGCCGUGACCCAAGUAUGGAUCUGUUGGACUCUGCAGUGGCUGAUCGGUGCUUGCUUCAAGUCCAAAAUUCGGAAUGGGACGUGGUCUUGGUGACUCCGCCCUGCAAUACCUUUUCUCGGGCACGAUGCGUACAGCCGGGUCCUCGGCCACUGAGAUCACGUAUUUACCCUGCGGGUUUUCCUUGGCUCUCGGACUCACAUCGUGCUGCAGCGGAGAAUGGCAAUCAGUUCGUUUCUUUCUCUUUUCAGAUUUGCACAGCUGCGCUUUGGAAUUCUAUUCCUUUUCUGUUGGAACACCCAGAAGACCUGGGUAUGACAACCACCGGUCACACACCGGCAUCUAUUUGGCAACUUCCAGAGGCUGCUGCACUUUUUACGCACGAGCAGGUCGUGACCUUUGCGAUCUAUCAGUGCCACUACGGAGCCCACACGCCUAAGCCCACCAGGUUUCUUUCUUCUAUCACAGCCACAUUUGGCAUGCGAUUCAUGGGGCCUCCUCGUUUUGAUUCUGCGGACAAAUAUGUGGGGCCUCUGCCCAAGUACUGUGGUCACCGACACUCCAAUCGUCUUUUGGGUGCCGCCAACACUGCUGCUGCUGCCGCUUAUCCGCCUGAUUUAUGCAAGGCUAUCGCUUCCAGGCUUCACAUGUGUGAGGCGGUUGGACUCACGAAGAUUGUUUGGUACAACCCUCGGUGUGCGUCACCCUAG